AUGCCAAUGGGCUAUCAUAAGCAUUGUGACAAGUGUUACAAAGUCCACUGUCAAGUCCCUGCGCAGACCUCUGUUUCAUGCAUAGUCGUAAAAUGUCACAAAAACUGUGGUGCAAGCCUCCACAUGUGCAAGCAAGAAGAGCACCAGCUUCUCUGUCCUAAUGAGAUAGUCCCUUGCCUUAAUGUUUAUUAUGGCUGUCCUCUCACCAUGCUGCGCCACAGGCUGGCCAAACACUUAGAGGUCUGUCCUGCCAGCGUGGUCUGUUGCUCUCAGGAGUGGAACCGCUGGCCUAUUUCAGAAACUGACCUGACCUUUUAUAGAAAUGUUUCUGAAAACCCUCUGGUAAACACUGAGGAAAAUCUUGAUGUUGCUAUGGCUCAUAGGGACCAAGAGCAGCUGUUUCAAUCAAUCAAAAUGAAGAACAUUUUUCCUGAGUUGAUGUUGGAGGAUUCUGCCCUGCAAAACAUUGCUGCUGGGAUCAACAGUCCUGCAGAUAAUGCUUGCUGUUCUUUAGACGGUGGUGAAUAUACAGAAAACGGCAGUGCAAAGUUGGAUGAAGAACUGAGUCAAGAGGAGAGAGAUACUUUGGCAAAGUGCACGGAUGUGACAAGUAUUCAAAAUUAUAGCUCCUGGGAGAAAAUAUUCAAUAAGGAGAAGGAGGGAUGCAAGCAAACCAUCAAAAACCUGAAUAUGGGGGAAAAAGGAAAGGAAAAGGAAGACCAAGAAUCAUCAAAGAGUCAGAAAGAAUUACACCAGGGUGGAGAAUGUCCUGUAACUGCCAGAACCAUGGACGGUGCCACUGGCCUUGCACCAUGGCAAGAUGGGGUCCUUGAGCGUUUAGGCAAAGAAGUCAACAUUGCAGAAUAUAAUAUGUAUCUGGUGCACAAUGGGGUAAUGCUGAUUAACUUUGGGCAACUUGCUGCUUGCACACCAAGAGAAAAGGAUUUUGUCUAUGGGAGUCUGGAGCCCAUUGAGGUGAAAAGUGUCCGAACAUUUAAUGUGCCUACCAGCUAUCGAGCAAAGCGCAAUCACUUGAAAGACCCCUCGCGAAAGGCCCAAACCACACACCAGAGUGUUGACACUUCAGAUCUGGGCAUUUCAGUUGAGGAUCUUCCAAAGUGUGAAGAGGUUAGCACAACACUUCUGUGCUCCCUGGAAAAGGAACUGAAGGGACAUUCAAUCUCAGAGAGUGUGUCGACAGAUGGUCUUUACACAGAUAUAGGAACACAAACGUACAUCUUUUCUUCAGCUCCCUUCAAGCAAGAUGCUUCCUUAGCUGAUGUCAUAGCAGGUAAACCUUGUCGUCUUUAUUUAUACAUCGAAGCAGAAUCUGUCACUAGAAGACACAACAAAACAAGUUCAGCCUUCAGCUACAUGUGUGGCCACUACUUUCGCCGUGAUGAAUACUGCUUUCACUUCAAGAAUGUGCAUUCUGACAUACAAGCCUCUCUAAAUGGCUGGUUUCAGCAGCGUUGCCCUUUAGCAUACCUUGGUUGUACUUUCACCCAGAUGAGGUUUCACCCAACAGGUCAGGACGCAAUAGUUAAGUUCUCCAAAGAUGGCGGCACUGUGGUACUCCAACCAAAAGCCAAUUCAUCACUCUGUGCAGGUGGGAAAACCUUCAGUCCUCAAAGGAAUGAUGCACAAAAUCUGGAUCCCCUAAGCAGCCUUCCUUUGGAGAUCAUUCAGCAUAUUGCUGGUUACCUUGACAGUUUUACAUUGUCUCAGUUGUCCCAAGUCUCCCAUCUAUUGAGAGAGGUGUGUGCCACAUUGCUGCAGGAGAGAGGGAUGGUCUCCCUCAAGUGGGAGAAAAAGAAACACUCCAGUGAAGGAAGUUCCUGGAUUUGCCAAAAGAAAGUUUGGAAAUUCAGCUCUCAGUUUUCCUCUGUGGACAGAUGGAGCUUCAGCGAUACUCCUUCCAUGUCAAAUCACCUGGGAACCUGCUCCUUCUACCAGAGAGAAGAUCGCACUGAGCCGGUGGCUUUACCCUGCCUGGGAGAGGUCAGAGACAAACAUGGGAAACUAAAGCAUAAAAGAUAA